AUGUUGUACACCAAGAUGAAGACAGCCACCAACAUCUACAUAUUUAACCUGGCUCUGGCUGACUUCCUGGUUCUCGCUACAUUACCCUUCCAGGGAACAGACGUKUUCCUGGGCUUCUGGCCGUUCGGUAACGCCCUCUGCAAGGCCGUGGUCUCCAUCGACUACUACAACAUGUUCACCAGYACMUUUACUCUGACCGUGAUGAGCAUGGAUCGYUACGUGGCCGUGUGCCAUCCGGUCAAGGCCCUGGACAUGAGGACGCCCCACAAGGCCAAGGUGGUCAACAUCUGUGUGUGGGUCCUGGCGUCGGCGAUAGGGGUACCGGCCAUGGUGUUGGGAGAUGUGGAGGUGGAGGUCGAACAUAACAUUAACGUCCCAUAA